AUGGAGGUGAUGAACCUGAUUGAACAGCCCAUCAAGGUGACCGAAUGGCAGCAGACAUACACCUAUGACUCUGGCAUCCACUCGGGGGCCAACACCUGUGUGCCCUCGGUCAGCAGCAAGGGCCUCAUGGAGGAGGACGAGGCCUGCGGGCGCCAGUACACGCUCAAGAAGACCACCACCUACACCCAGUCGGUGCCCCCGGGCCAAGGUGACCUGGAGUACCAGAUGUCCACGACCGCCAGAGCCAAGCGGGUGCGGGAGGCCAUGUGUCCCGGUGUGACAGGAGAGGACAGCUCGCUGCUCCUGGCCACCCAGGUGGAGGGGCAGACCACCAACCUGCAGCGGCUGGCCGAGCCAUCCCAGCUCCUCAAGUCGGCCAUCGUGCAUCUCAUCAACUACCAGGAUGAUGCUGAGCUGGCCACCCGGGCCCUGCCUGAGCUCACCAAGCUGCUCAACGAUGAGGACCCGGUGGUGGUGACCAAGGCAGCCAUGAUCGUGAACCAGCUGUCGAAGAAGGAGGCAUCUCGGCGGGCGCUGAUGGGCUCGCCCCAGCUGGUGGCGGCUGUCGUGCGCACCAUGCAGAACACCAGCGACCUGGACACGGCCCGCUGCACCACCAGCAUCCUGCACAACCUCUCCCACCACCGCGAGGGGCUGCUUGCCAUCUUCAAGUCGGGCGGCAUCCCUGCCCUGGUCCGCAUGCUCAGCUCCCCUGUGGAGUCGGUCUUGUUCUAUGCCAUCACCACGCUGCACAACCUGCUGCUCUACCAGGAGGGUGCCAAGAUGGCAGUGCGCCUGGCAGACGGGCUGCAGAAGAUGGUGCCCCUGCUCAACAAGAACAACCCCAAGUUCCUGGCCAUCACCACCGACUGCCUGCAGCUCCUGGCCUAUGGCAACCAGGAGAGCAAGCUCAUCAUCCUGGCCAAUGGAGGACCCCAGGCCCUCGUCCAGAUCAUGCGCAACUACAGUUAUGAGAAGCUGCUCUGGACCACCAGCCGUGUGCUCAAAGUGCUGUCCGUGUGUCCUAGCAAUAAGCCUGCCAUUGUGGAGGCUGGUGGGAUGCAGGCCCUGGGCAAGCACCUGACGAGCAACAGCCCCCGCCUCGUGCAGAACUGCCUGUGGACCCUGCGCAACCUCUCGGAUGUGGCCACCAAGCAGGAAGGCCUGGAGAGCGUGCUGAAGAUUCUGGUGAACCAGCUGAGCGUGGACGACGUCAACGUCCUCACCUGUGCCACAGGCACUCUGUCCAACCUGACGUGCAACAACAGCAAGAACAAGACGCUGGUGACGCAGAACAGCGGGGUGGAGGCGCUCAUCCAUGCCAUCCUGCGCGCGGGUGACAAGGAUGACAUCACGGAGCCCGCCGUCUGCGCCCUGCGCCACCUCACCAGCCGCCACCCUGAGGCCGAGAUGGCCCAGAACUCCGUGCGUCUCAACUAUGGCAUCCCGGCCAUCGUCAAGCUGCUCAACCAGCCCAACCAGUGGCCACUGGUCAAGGCAACCAUCGGCCUGAUCAGGAAUCUGGCCCUGUGCCCAGCCAACCACGCCCCACUGCAGGAGGCAGCAGUCAUUCCCCGCCUUGUCCAACUGCUGGUCAAGGCCCACCAGGAUGCCCAGCGCCAUGUGGCUGCUGGCACACAGCAGCCCUACACGGAUGGCGUGAGGAUGGAGGAGAUUGUGGAAGGCUGCACUGGAGCCCUGCAUAUCCUCGCCCGGGAUCCCAUGAACCGUAUGGAGAUCUUCCGACUCAACACCAUCCCCCUGUUUGUGCAGCUCCUAUACUCCUCGGUGGAGAACAUCCAGCGCGUGGCCGCCGGGGUGCUCUGCGAGCUGGCCCAGGACAAGGAGGCGGCGGACGCCAUUGAUGCGGAGGGCGCGUCGGCCCCACUGAUGGAGCUGUUGCACUCGCGCAAUGAGGGCACCGCCACCUACGCUGCUGCCGUCUUGUUCCGCAUCUCCGAGGACAAGAACCCAGAUUACCGCAAACGCGUGUCUGUGGAGCUCACUAACUCCCUCUUCAAGCACGACCCUGCCGCCUGGGAGGCUGCCCAGAGCAUGAUCCCCAUGAAUGAACCUUAUGCUGAUGACAUGGACGCCACCUACCGCCCCAUGUACUCGAGCGAUGUGCCCAUGGACCCACUGGAGAUGCACAUGGACAUGGACGGGGACUAUCCCAUCGACACCUACAGCGACGGCCUCAGGCCCCCCUACCCAAAUGCAGACCACAUGCUGGCCUAG